AUUAGGAUCUGUAUAGUCACGAAAGUGUCGGCCAAAUACUUCGAUUGAGGUGAGUUGAUAAAUACAAAAGUGAAAAUACGGGGACGUAGGGAUGUAGAAAACGUUCGAGUUCGGCAGGAGGAUUCAAACGCCAAAUUUUCCGAUUUCCGCGUUCUGAUACUCAACCUUUUUAUACAUACAAACUUGUUUGAUUAGUGUCCUGCAUACGGCUAGGCAAGGAUCGGGGUUGUCGAAAGCGUGGUUCUCGAUGAAAAAGUUAUGUAAAUUAGUUCUACCGUCUACCCAUCUCUGUUGAGUCUCUGAGAGGUUUUUCUCUAUCCAUGAUUGGCCGAGUGUAAAUUAUAUGAACUAAGAGACUUUAGUUUAGCUGUCAGUAAAAUAUUUUCAAGAGAAUCAUACCUAUAAAAUUGGAGGAAACACGUUUCUAAACAGGAGAGGUUACAGUGGAACCUUUUUGUUAUUCUAAAACAAAGCCGCAGUCCCUAAGGUAAUCUUUUGUUUCCGCAAUCGUUUUAUUUGUCCGUAAAUUGAAUGCUCGAUGAACGACAGUUCCUGAGAAAACUUCCGUCAAGACGUCAAAAUCUUAGCAUAACAAUUCUAAAGUGGUCGCUCCUGUAUUUCUGAAUGAUUCAGGAAAAACAUUAUCGUAAUGAAUCAACAAAAAGAAGUUCCUUUCACCAGAAGAGCUCUGAAGAGAGUUAGUGAAGCUAACUCAAAGGAAUAUGAAUUUUCUAUUGUCACCUACAACAUCCUUGCUGAUUAUUGGAUACAACAGAGUUCAGGGAAAGAAGACUCUUACAACUAUUGCCCAAAGGAAUACAUGAUCAGAACAAAUGGAAGAGCCUCACAUCGUCAUGUACUGCUUAUGGCUGAGUUAAGAUGGCUUGACAGUGAUAUCAUCUGCUUGCAAGAGGUUGAUACAUCUUACUUCAAUGAGAUUCUGAAAGAGGAAUUAUCUGAGCUGGGUUAUGAAGGUCUUUUUGCAAAGAAGUGUAUGGGGAUCCCAGAAGGGGAGGCAUUGUUUUUUAAGAAGAACAAGUUUUACCUCCAAGAAACAAAGACAGUUUAUUUGAAUGACAUGGCAGAGUGCACCUUUCAGCAUACUGAGAUACCUCUGUUUUGGGAGGUUGCAUUACUUGCUACAUUGAGGCACAAACUUAGUGAUUCUCUUCUAGUAUUGUGUGUAACACAUAUACGAUGGGGAGAUUUGAAAGAAACUGUUUCCCAAGUUUGUCAAAUAGCAAUGGUCACCAAAGCCCUUUAUGAUAUGGUUUCAUCACUGCAGGAGUCUGACGGUAAUAGAGUGGCGCACAUUCUUUGUGGAGACUUCAAUAUUGAGCCUCAAUUUCCUGCCUACAAGCUUCUGGCAGAGGGAAAACUGACAGAUAAAGAGAUCAACACUCUGAAGGGUUAUGAUUACAUAAGAUGGGGUCGCAACACAUACAUGGAGAAAACAUUGCAGCUGUUACCGGAUCAAGUGUCACUUUUACACAAGACUGAGGCACAACUCAAAAAUCCACUUGUCAACUUGCAAAGUGCCUACAAGAGCAUAAUGGGUGCAGAACCUCAGUGUACUAACCAUGAAGGACCUGAAUGUGUGUGGACUCUGGACUUUAUAUGGUUUGACUCUAGGACUCUAGAGGUCACUGCGGCUUUAGAGACAGUUCCACCUUCUGAUAUUGAGCCAUAUACUGGCCUGCCUAAUAAGUAUUUUCCCUCAGAUCAUUUGUCACUUAAAGCAUACUUCAAGUUUGCCUCUAUGAAAAACAAGAAUGAGUUUUAACAUAGAUCUUGCAUGAAGUAGAAUAUUGUGUCGAAAUAUAGAGGGAUUGUGCAUCUGAAUUUUCUCACAUUUUAUAAUGAAGAGGCAGAUAUUUUAAAUUUUAACAGGAUCAGGCUAAUUUUGUGUUAGCUUUGGUUUUACUUGAUAUACACUGUGUUGAAAAUCAGUUUGUUUCUUGCACGAUUGUCGUUAAGUGAGAAAAUAUUAAGCACAAUUUGAUUAGAUCUUAACUGAUGAUACUUUUAGAUAUUAUAAUUCAACAAUAAUUACUAAAUGAACCUGAUGUAAAUAAGAUGAUAAAAGUCAACUCAAGAGGAUUGCAGCCAAAUUGAAUGUAUCUAUUUUUUAGCUAGUGCUUUUGAUUCGCUGUCCAUGUUUCCCAACAUCCCUUCUUUGUCUAUUCCAUAUAUUCAGUGUUUCCUAAGCAUUCUCAGCAUUUGCAUAAAUUUGGUUUUAUUGGACUUUUUACUUUCAAUCCGCGUCGGGAAAUGACGUAUUCAUCGUGAACUAAGGCCAACCUCACUAAAUCUAUCCACGGAAUAGACUUGACCUGAAUUUGGUAGCUGGCACUUAAUUUCUCUAUUACUGGCGAGUGUUAGGGAGCGGCACCACUUCUCAUUACAACCCAAAGAAAAUUCAGGUUUUCUCGCAAGAUAGCAAGCAUACGCAGUUGGUCGGUUUUCAUUGUCUGGGAUAUUCAUGCUUUCGAUGACGUCAUGUAGAAUUGCACGUGGAUUCGGCUUUGUUCUAGUUUCUCAAAAUUUUGUCACGAGACAAGUACAAGCACAAAACGCCUUAAGCAGAUAAAGAGUAAAAUUAGUCAGGAUUUACGAUUUGGUUGAACAUUUUAGAGUGUCAAAAGUUUACUUAAUCAAUAGUUAAUUAUUUACCUAGUUUAAAAAUCAGUACUACUGAAAUACUAAUUAAGAAAAAAAGAAAGUUCUUGAUUCAUAAUAACAAUAACGAAAAAAUUAGCAUAGACCUUGUCAAAAAAAUAAGUAAACAAUUUCUUGCGAAACACUGAUAAGGUGUUAGACUCCCUAAUGUUAGGAGUUAGUAAGUUCAUUCCAUGAGCAACAAACCCGAAUGAAAAAUGAAUUCUUAAAGAUUAUGUUGGAAUAAAAGGGACAUUACGUGUAAGGUAA